AUGGAUAUUGGCGGUCUAGCCCUUGGCGUCUACAAAGACGCCUAUUUUCUCAGCAAGAGCGUAUAUCGACUCCUAACGUCUGCACAAUACUACAAAGAUGAACAAAAGGAUGUGAUUCAGGAGUUCUACCACGAGUUUCUCCGCCUCAGGGCUUUCCAUCAUGUUAUAUUCACUCUUCGUGGCAAAGAGAUUGCAAAGGACAGCCAUAACGUUCUUCCAGCUAAACACUUGUUAACACGGUUGAAGGAAGUUCUAAAGGAAGUUUGUGACACUAUCAAACGCCUUGGAGAAGCUCUUUCCGAGUACAAGAACCUUGCAAUCAAGCAUGAUGAGCAGUACCGAAAAUACAAUAUUGCCUCUCAGCCAGCUGCUGGACCGCUAUUCCUCGAGUUUCCAAUGGACCUCGACGAUCUGCUGCCACCUUCCGAUCUCGACACUCCUAGACUGAAGAGGUCCGGUUUCAAGCUAUGCCUUGGAGGUCUGAAGGGGAUCUUCAAAAGUCCCGUCUUCACGACCGAGGCCUGGGUGUGGGUGCUCUUCGAGCGAGAUCGGCUGCAACAAGCAGUAGCAGAUUUUCGACGGUGCAACCUUGAUCUGGCUGAUUUUGGCCCCAUACUUCUUUGGAGUACAGCCUUGACACGCCAGGACGUUCAAGAUAUAGUAAGAGAUGCCGCCCAAGAAUCUGGUCUGGCUGGCCGGAAUGUUCAGUCUUUCCUGUCGCAUAUCCGACUCCGGGAAAUUGCAGAGCACCCAGACCCGGCAGUAUAUGAUGGUAACACCCUUGACCUCUCGCCGUUUCCUAAUGCGAAGCAAAUGGUAGCAUCUACAUCUAUCUCAGCAGCAACAGGGGACAACCCAGGGACUCUGAUAGAGUACAAACGUUAUUCCCCAGCUAGUUCAUAUAUCAGUAAUCCAUUUGAAGAAUCCACCCAAGGCAGCGCGAGUGAGACUGGAGGGGAAACGCAGAGGGGAAAUUCUCUUAUAGCACAGGCACACCAAUUAGCAAGACUCCUAUUUGAGGCUGGCUCUCACGAAUUCCACACACUGCCCUUUAGAGGCUAUCUUAAUGAUACAUCGAACUCGCGGUUUGCCUUCUACUUUGAUUACCCCCAGGGCGCGUCUGAAAAACAACCCGCCACUCUCCGCCAUUUAAUAGGGGACAAUAACGAUGCCGCAAGGCUGCUUCUCCCGCAGCGAUUCCAAAUAGCGCUCACAGUCUCAAGAGCUCUGGGUGCUUUCCACGCGGACGGCUGGGUUCACAAAUCUGUUCGCAGUCACUCAGUCAUGUUCUUCUACAACCACGAGAGUCGGGGCAUGUAUGAUCAACCCUAUCUCGUGGAUUUUGAGUUCUCAAGGCCCGAGAUGGGCGGGACACAACUUUCUUUCGAUGACGAUCUUGAAAGGAACUUGUACCGGCAUCCUGAUCGGUUGGGAUACCCGAUGGUCGAGUUCAAUAAGGUGCACGAUGUUUAUGGCCUCGGCGUUGUGUUGUUAGAGCUUGGCUUAUGGCAGACUGCUAGGUCGAUUUACGACAUCACUCUAGAAAGAUGGGGUGAGGAUAGCGUUCGAAGCGCAGCAAGGAUGCAAGACAUUUACCUAGCUCGUGCAAAGGGGGGUCUGGGACACUUUAUGGGACCAGCCUACUCAGAUGCUGUAGUGACAUGCUUAUCUGGCGAGCUUGGUGAGUUCUUGGGGAAGGAUGACUUUGCAUUUAUGUUUCGGAAAAAGGUGGUUGAAAAGGUUGAUCCAAGACAACUGCUCGAUUACCCUUAA